AAUCGUCUUGUCAUUGCUCAUCGAAAAGCUUGUGAAUGACUUUGGAAAUUUAUAAUUAUUUUUGUUUUACUGCUAAAAUAAAUUGUUUGUGUUAAUAUUCGAAUCUUUGAUAGUAGAAGUGUUUAAAUGUUGCAAAUUAUUUAAAAUUUAUAGAGGAGAACUAUUGUUUUGGGCAAAAUAUCAAUUUAGUAAAAAAGUCUUCCACGAAAUCGCCAACUCUACACUCUGUCAGCGCAAUGAGUUCAGCAACCGGUAUUAUUGAUGGCAACUUUCCUGCCGGCGCUCUUGUGCCCAAGGCUGAAACAGGCGUCGUAAAUUUUUUACAAAAAUAUCCAAACUAUGAUGGAAAAGAUGUAACAAUUGCUAUAUUUGACUCAGGCGUUGAUCCGCAAGCUUGCGGACUACAGACGCUGGUAAACGGUAAAUCCGUUAAAGUAAUUGAGCGCUAUGAUUGCACAGGGUGUGGCGAUUUAGAUACCGCAACAAAAGUAACGGCAGAUGAAAAAGGUUAUAUAGUAGGGCUCUCUGGCCGGAAACUUAAGCUUACAUCUGACAUGAUAUCUGCAAACACUGCCAAAGGAGAGUAUCGCGUGGGCUUAAAGGCUGUGCAUGAUUUAUGUCCUGCAAAAAUUAGAGAGAACAUGAUGACCGCCCUUAAACGUAAAACGUUUGAUGUGGAAAAUAAAUCAGCAAUUGCCGAUAUAUCUAGAAAAAUUAAUGAAUUCGAUACAGAAAAUACAAAUGCUUCGAAGUUGACGUGGGAUAAGAAGUUAGUUAAAGAGAAUCUUGAUGCUACUUUGGAGCUGUUAAAUGGUUAUGAUAAACUAUUCAUAGAUAUUAGAUUGUGCUAUGAUUGUGUGCUUUACCCUACAGAGAACGGUUGGAGGGCAGCUAUUGAUACAACCGAAAAAGGUGAUUUAGAAAACGCGGUGCAUAUUGGCGAAUAUACAAAAACUCAUGAAAUGAAAAAUUUAAAUGAAUAUUUGUCUGUUUCAAUAAAUGUACAUGAUAACGGUGACGUUUUGGAAAUAGUUGGCAUGAGUUCUUCUCAUGGUACGCAUGUGGCUUCCAUUGCUAGUGGCAGUCAUUCAUGCAAUGAUGUCAACGGUGUUGCCCCAAAUGCUAAAAUUGUUUCGUUAACUAUCGGCGAUGGUCGUCUUUCAUCAAUGGAGACUGGUACUGCUCUUGCACGUGCCAUGAUGAAAGUUAUGGAAAUGUGUAGUACAGGACGUAAAAUUGAUGUUAUAAAUAUGAGUUAUGGUGAACAUUCUCAUUGGACCAAUUCGGGUUUUUGUAGUGAAGAAAUGGAUAAAAAGAAAAGAAAGAAAAGGAUUUGUCGUAUGAGUCGUAUUGGAGAAUUAAUGAGUGAGGUUUCUAACAAGUAUGGCGUAGUUUGGGUUGUAUCAGCUGGUAAUCAUGGACCUGCUUUGGGUACAGUUGGAACUCCACCUGACAUAAGCCAACCCUGUUGCAUUGGUGUUGGUGCUUACGUUUCUCCUCAAAUGAUGGAAGCCGAAUAUGUUUUACGGGAAAAAUUGCCAGCUAACGUUUAUACUUGGACAUCUCGUGAUCCUUGCAUUGAUGGUGGUCAAGGUGUAACUGUUUGUGCACCUGGUGGUGCUAUAACUUCUGUGCCGCAAUUUACCAUGUGCAAAUCGCAACUGAUGAACGGAACCAGUAUGGCUGCACCGCAUGUUGCUGGAGCAGUUGGUUUGUUAAUAUCUGGUUUAAAGCAAAAAAAUAUCGCUUACACGCCAUUCAGUAUUAAGCGUGCUAUAACCGCAACUGCUACGAAACUUAGUUAUGUAGAUCCAUUCGCACAAGGAAGUGGUUUACUAAAUGUCGAAAAAGCUUUUGAUCAUUUAAUUGAACAUGCAAAUGCUCCUGAAAAUAUGAUUAGAUUUUCAGUUCGUUGUGGUGUGGAGGGCGCGAAAGGUAUUCAUGUAAGAAAUUCAGUAUUAAAUCGAGUUCUGGAAUACAAGGUUAAUGUCGAACCAAAAUAUUUUAAUGAAGCAGAUGCUAAUCCUACAGAUAAAAUUAAUUUCAAUAUGCGUUUAAAUUUAUUGUCUUCUCAGCCAUUUGUGAAAUGUGGUGCUUAUCUAGAUAUGAGUUAUACACUACGAACCAUACCGGUAACAAUUGAUCCUUCAGGUUUACCGCCUGGUGUUCACACUGCAGUUAUUCGUGCUUAUGAUUCCAGUUGUGUACAAAAAGGCUCUGUAUUUGAAAUCCCAAUAACGCUUGUACAACCUCAUGUCAUGAACUGUGAAGAGAGUCGUAUUUUUGAGCCAAGCGGAUGUAAAACAGAUGCUGGCAUUGAGUUUCAACCAAAUACUAUUCAGAGAGAUUUUAUAUUAGUACCAAAAAAUGCAACUUGGGCAGUGUUGCGUAUGCGCACAGUUGAUAUGAAGCGAGAUGAUGAGAUAGGAAAAUUUUUUAUACAUACAAUGCAACUUUUACCACGAGCUUCCUGCAGAGUUUUAGAAACGAUGAAAUUUGUGGACGUAAAGGCGGAUAACACAACAACUGUUACAUUUGCUUGCCAGGAGAAUAAUAUACUUGAACUGUGUGUAGCAAAAUACUGGUCAAACUUAGGAUCAACUCAUUUGAAAUAUAAUUUAGAGUUUCAUGGCAUACGUGCAAGAAAUUAUAAUCCAUUUGUGCAUCAUGGCGGUAUUGGUUUACAAAAACUUGUGCUCAACUCCAUUGGAACUGAAGAAAUUCAGCCUCAAGUAGCACUUAAAACCGCAGUUACAUUGCACAAACCAAAUGAAACAAAAAUAUCGCCGCUUAGUUCUACACGUGAUAUAAUACCUGAAGGUCGACAAAUUUAUCAAAACAUAUUAAGCUAUAAUAUCAAUGUGCCUAAAGCUCAAGAGAUAUCUAUACAUGUUCCAUUUUUCAAUGACUUAUUGUAUGAAUCUGAGUUUGAAUCACAAUUUUGGAUGUUGUUUGACUGUAAUAAAACUAUGUGUAUGUCUGGAGAUUCUAAUUCAAGAAAAAGUUCUGGUAAAGUGGAUAAAGGUGAUUACGUUCUAAAGCUGCAAGUACGUCACGAGAAGCGUGAUUUAUUACAAAAGAUUUCUGAUGCUUCAAUUGUGGUAGAAUAUAAAUUACCUAAUACCAUAACUGUUGACUUAUAUGAUCAGUAUAAUCAAGGUCUUAUUAACGGACGUAAAUAUAGUACAGGAAUUAUUAGACCAAAUCAAGAUAAAGUGCUGUAUGUUGGUCUCGUAUCGCAGGAUAAAUUAAGUAAAUUAAGUUUACCACCCAAUUGUUCCUAUCUACAUGGAACCAUUCAUUUUGCAAAGGAUGAAACUGUUCGUCGUGUAGAUUCUUACGGAUAUUCAUAUAUAUUGGGACCAAUGGAGAAGAAGAAUGGUAAUGGCAAUGGUAAUGGAAGUGGUAACGGUGCUACUAAAAAUGGUGCUAAACCUACAAAUGAUCCUGCACCUGCUCCGGCAGCUACAACUGGAGGUGGUGAUGCGGCACCACCAUUAGCACAAUCAGCAUCUAGCACUGCAGUAACAACCGAAGAAGGUUCACCAAAAAAAAAUAAAGUUUCAAAUGACGAUUAUAAAGAAAAUUUGCGGGAUUUUAAAUGUGGAAUGAUAGCUAAGUGUGAACUUGACAUGGCUGAAAAAAUUUAUGCUGAAAUAGUUGCUGAGCAUCCCAAACAUUUAGUGCCACAUUUACUAAUGAUUCAAUUGAUCGAAACACCAGAGCAGAAAGCAAUUUUUCCGUUCACUUUUGAAAACUCACUCAAGCAGGAUGUUGAUAGCGAUAAAUCGAAAGAAGACACACAAGAAAACUCUAUUACAAAACUACGCAUUAUUUUGGAACGCAUUGUAAAAUUAUCAGAUAUUAUCAUUAAAGAGACCGAAAAAGAUGCGCUUUUAACCUAUUAUGGCAUGAAAUUUGAUUCACGCGAGAACGCAGCUAAGAUUAAAUGUAAUAUGGAUAAACAAAAAAAUACACUGAUAGAAGCUUUUGUUAAGAAAGGCAUUGCAUUGAUUAAGUUGGGCAUAUUAGAUAAUAAUUUGAGCACAAAAUCUAAGGAUUUGGACGAUAUUUAUUUGGAUAUUUUAAGAUAUGUUGAAGUAACAGAUUCAAAAGUUAUUCCAUUCGCUUUAUGGUACGCCUACAGUAAAUCUCAAUAUGGGCGCAUGUACAAACUUCUGCUUAAGUCAUAUGAAGAAAAGAAGAACAAGGAAGUAUUUGAAGAGAUUGCUUUGGUUAACAAAGCUUUGAAUUUUGAACAUUUGAAAGUUCUACAAAAUCGUUGGACUCUUUACUGUUAUCCCAAAACUUAUCGCAUAUUUUAA